AUGGCUCCUCACGCAAACGAUUCUUGUAACGGCUCUGCCACCGAUUCAGCUUUGGCUGGACCUGAAUUGUUUACUGUUCGCUCACCGAAUGUCCUCUACACGGAAGAGGCCAUCAAGUCAACCUAUACCUACCGUACCACUAAAGUCACUAAGGUUCCCAAUGGAAAAUACAUUGCAGAGCCAGUUGAGACAGUCUACGACUUCAGGACUGACCGCAAGGUUGGAAAAGUCGGUCUCAUGCUUGUGGGAUGGGGCGGUAACAACGGGUCUACCAUCACUGCCGGUAUUAUUGCCAACCGUGAUGGCAUUACCUGGGAAACCCGUGAAGGAAAGAGGGGUGCCAAUUACUAUGGAUCGGUCAUCAUGGGAUCUACCAUCAAAUUGGGGAAUGACGCUGAAACCGGCAAGGAUGUUAACAUCCCGAUUCAUGACAUCCUUCCAAUGGUUCACCCCAAUGACCUUGUCCUUGGUGGUUGGGACAUCAGCGGCAUGAACUUGGCUGACGCCAUGGAUCGUGCUGCUGUCCUCGAGCCUGAUUUGAAACGUCAGGUCAAGGAGCAGAUGAAGUCUAUGGUACCGCUCCCUAGCGUCUACUACCCAGAUUUUAUCGCUGCCAACCAGGAAGAUCGCGCGGAUAAUGUUCUCAAGGGUUCCAAGUCUGAGCACGUCGAAAAAAUCCGUAAUGAUAUCCGCACUUUCAAGUCAAACAAUGGUCUUGACAAGGUUAUUGUUCUCUGGACUGCCAACACUGAGCGCUACGCCGAUAUUCUCAGCGGCGUUAACGAUACCGCUGAGAAUCUCCUCAAGUCCAUUGAGACUAGCCAUGAUGAGGUUGCUCCUUCAACUAUCUUUGCGGUUGCCUGUAUCAAGGAGGGCGUGCCUUUCAUCAACGGCUCUCCCCAGAAUACCUUUGUUCCGGGUUGUAUUGAGCUUGCUGAGCAGCACAAGUCCUUCAUCGGCGGUGAUGAUUUCAAGUCUGGCCAGACCAAGAUGAAAUCUGCUUUGGUUGAUUUCCUCAUCAAUGCUGGUAUCAAGCUUACUUCCAUUGCCUCUUACAAUCACUUGGGAAACAAUGAUGGCAAGAACUUGAACGAGCAAAAGACUUUUAGAAGCAAGGAGAUUAGCAAGAGUAAUGUUGUUGAUGAUAUGGUCGAGGCAAACAAUGUUUUGUACAAGGAAGGGGAACACCCCGAUCACACCGUGGUCAUCAAGUAUAUGCCUGCUGUCGGAGACUCCAAGCGUGCUUUGGACGAAUACCACGGUGAAAUCUUUAUGGGAGGACAUCAGACAAUUUCCAUGUCGAACAUCUGUGAAGACUCUCUUUUGGCCAGUCCACUCAUUAUUGAUCUCUGUCUUAUGACAGAGCUCAUGACUCGCAUCAGCUGGAAAGCCCAUGCCACCAGCGGUGCUGCCACCAAGGACUACAAGGGAUUCCACAGCGUCCUCAGCAUUCUCAGCUACAUGCUGAAGGCCCCUUUGACCCCGCCGGGAACUCCCGUCGUCAACUCUCUUGCUAAGCAGCGCGCAGCUAUGUCCAACAUCUUCCGCGCUUGUGUUGGAUUGGUCCCCGAGUCUGACAUGACUUUGGAGCACAAGCUCUUUUAG